AUGCACCGCCGUGCGCAGCAGCAGGGUCGAGACCUUCGUAGGCAGCGUCGCAUCUCUCUGCUGACGGAGGCCGAUCAAGCCAUCCGUCAAGGUCACAGUCGUCUGUUCUAUCAACUCAUUGACAAGCUGGCCCCCAAGGGUCGCUUCCGCAAAUUUCAGAUGAACAAAGGUGGUAACAUUUUAAGUCCCUCGGAGGAGUUAGAAGUCAUGCGUAAACACUUUGUUCAGGUCUUCAACUCGGAUGCUCCGACUGGAUCCUCACAGGUUGCCGCUCCGUCCGUCAGCGAACCAUUCAGAGUUGAAUGUCACGAGCUGCAGGCCUUCCUGGAUAAACUUCCCGCGCGAAAGGCCGGUGCUCCGGCCACAGCACCAGACCUCUUGAACCAACGCUGGUGUGCCUCGCCUUUGUCUCCGCCAGAGCCCUGGGCUAAGGCUUUGCAGGAGGCGGGCAUUACGGGUGCCCCGGCUGAGUUGUUGCUGACGUGGCUGCACAAUUGUUCGUACGAUCUUUAUGUGGAGGGUCGGUGUGCGCACAUCCCAACCACCCGGGGAGUGAAGCAAGGCUGUCCAGCCAGUCCGCUUCUGUUUGCUGCCUUCAUGACGCUGCUCACACGACGCCUAAGCACACGUCUCACGCCAGACUGGGUAGCACAGCACCUCACCAUGUUCGCCGACGAUUUUCAUGUUGGUAAGUGCUUUCAUAGCUUUCACGAGCUGGAAACUCUUAGCGCGCAAAUCGGCUUUAUUAUCACUACCUUGCGCAAGCAUGGCAUGAGUGUUCAUGCAACCAAGGUGGACUAUCUAGGUGCGGUGACCACCUAUGAUUCCUAUGCCACAGCCACUCUUCGCCGUAGGAACCUGACGAUCCAUUUGUUCUUUCGUUUGAGCACCCGUGGAAUCAACAUCUUGCACACUGUGUCUGCGGACCUCCCAUCGAGAUCCUCGACACCGCUACCGACGGCCUCUUUUGAGGAGGCCGGGGCCACCACAGCCAUUGAGGAGGAUCCGCCCCGUGCGCCCUCAUUCACAUCCGCGCUACAACCGCUCCCCACCGAUGCCACAUCGGCUGCUCGGGAUACUCCAUCAUUUGCGACGCUGCCGCCGGCUCCUUUAUCACAUCCCACCCAGAUGCCCUCUGCCACCUCGGUUCUUGCUCACGGACCGAGACCAGAUGUAUCCCCUGCUGCCAGUUCCAUGUUUGCUGAACCACAGUCCUUCAGUCCCUCCACGGCUGUACAGUCUCUGGCUGAGGUCGCGCCGGCCUCUGAAUCGCUCCCUGAGCGAGUCUUGACGAUUUUGAAUGCGGGGGGACUUCCAGCUCUAUUGCGAAAUGUGAUUACCCGAGCAUUGCUCCAUCACUGUGGUAUUUGCGGUCAAUGGAUCGCGUCACCCACUGCACUCAAGAAUCAUUACCGCACGCUGCAUGCAGAUCUCUUUGACAGGCUCGCAGUUGCUUCCUCCACGCCCUUUCCGAGAAUGGCGGUCACGACGGCUCCCACAAGCUCUCCAGAGGCCCAGGAGGUGCUGGUGCAGCUUCAGAGCUGCUUCGGGGGCGUACUUGCCCAGAAGAGGAGCCCGGAGGAGCCGAUGCCAGCAGAGCAGAGAGACAGGUCCCAGAAGACGGGGAGAGGAGCCGUAGCCCUCGGAGGCCAGGGCAAGGGCUUUCAAGGCAAAGGGGGCAGACGCCGUCCGAACGGCCGGGGCAAGGUUCCACCCCCUGCCGACAAUCGAAGCUUCUCGAGUGGAUCCACGGCGGACAACGAGGAUGCAGAACUCCUGCAUCUGUUGGCGAAAGCAGUGGUGCGACACGAAGAUUCGAUAAACAUCCUACGCAGGUCCACUGGAUGGGUGUGGUGGGCCCGCUCAGGAGAGGGUUCGGUGCUUCCGGUGCUCGCCGAGCUGGCACACAAAUGGUCAGAGGCUGCCAGCGGUCAGGAGAUCCAGCCGAAUCGAGUGAGCUUGCGAGUCACCCUUCUCUGGGGCCUUUUGACCUUCCUCAAGGACAAGCUCAGUGGACUCACUCAGGAUCAGGCGGCCUUUGCGGUGAAGAGCUCAUGGGCAGACACGAACGGAGGCUGGAACUAUCAGAAGUGGGAUGCCCACCACCAGAUGCUCAUAGUGGACACAUCAAAACCGCCGCUCAGCACGGCACAGGCUCUGGAGAGCCUGGGGACCCUCCUUCAGGUUAUCAACGGCGAUACCCUGACCCGCUUCACGGCCACCCAGGAGAUCCGUGCGGACACGCAGGGCAAGAUCACCUUCAAUGCGGACAUCAGCCUGCGAGCGCCGGGCUCCGACACCCUGUACCAGGAGUUGGUUCGCCUCCAGGGCUCAGCUCUGUUCCAGAUCAUUGGGGUUCAAUUCAAGCCGGAAGGGUACAAUCGUCCUCCUCUGAUUCGUCGGAUCCAGCAACUGAUUGGGUGA